AUGUUCCGACUUGGCGCUCUUGUAUCGGCAGCGCUCUUGAGCCACAGGACUGCGGCUGCGGCCGUGUCUUCGUGCGCCUGGCCUCAGUUGCGAUUCACUUCCAAAGGCACUUUUCAAAUGACAGUCUUCAAUGACUUGCAUUUCGGUGAGGCUGAGGACACAGACUGGGGCCCUCUGCAGGACGUGGACACGCUGCUGGUGAUGGAGACAGUGCUGAAGAAGGAAUCUCCCCAGCUCCUCGUGAUUAACGGAGACUUCAUCACUGGCGAGAACACUUUCAAGAAGAACUCGACCGACUACUUUGACAUGGUUGUCUCGCCUUUGGUUGCCCGACACCUUCCCUGGGCAUCCACAUAUGGCAACCACGACUCGGCGUACAACCUUUCCUCUGAAAACAUUUAUGAGAGAGAGAAAAAGUACAAGAAUAGUCUGACGAGGAAGAUGGUUCAAGACAAAAACGCCGGUGUCUCCAACUAUUAUCUGGAAGUCAUGUCUAACAACAGGCAUGAUUCUACGCCGGCCAUGAUCCUCUGGUUCUUUGACAGUCGAGGAGGAAACUACUACCAAGAAGAAGAGACCGAUGGUUCAGAUGUUGCCCGACCAAACUGGGUCGACCAAAGCGUUGUCGACUGGAAGAAUCUGCCUUCAUACGCCUUUGUCCACAUCCCUGUAGGCGCCAUGUUCAGCUUCCAACAGGAAAAGGACGUCGACGAAAACAAAGAGCCCGGAAUCAAUGCCGACAAUCCUCUCUCUCAGCAAGGAGUCCAGUCCCCACUGUGGAACGCCACUACAAGUUUUGUAUACACUGGCCAAGACAAGGCUUUCAUGACGGCUCUGUUGGACACUGAGGAGCUUAUGGGUGUCUUUAGCGGUCACGAUCACGGCGACGACUGGUGCUUCAAGUGGAAUAAGGACCUCAAAUUCCUGGACUUGACCGGCAACGGUCUUGCCUUCUGUUUUGGCCGUCACACCGGCUAUGGAGGCUACGGCUCUUGGACUCGAGGAUCGCGACAGGUGUUGGUUGACAUCAAGGAUCUUGGAAAGUCUACAAAGACUUGGACUCGACUCGAAGAUGGCACUGCUGUUGGAGCGAUCACAUUGAACUCGACAUAUGGCAAGGAUGUUUAUCCUCCUGUUCAGAUGACAUUUACCAGCGAAGACAAUGAAGGAGUUCCGUCUACUACUGAUUAG